AUCUCGUCCAACCUCCCUCACCAACCCAUCCACUCUCUCACUCUCACAAUGGCCUCAAUUGCCCGGUCCCUGCGCGUCGCUGCGCCUCUGGCCAAGGCUUUUGCCCCUCGCGCUGCUCCCAUGGCCCGUUCCUCCAUGCGAGCAUUCUCCACCACCAAGCUGAGCCUCGCCCGUAGAUACACCAAGGACCACGAGUGGAUCGAUCUCUCCGCCGACAGGAAGCACGGCUUCGUCGGCAUCUCCGAGUACGCAGCCGAGCAGCUCGGCGACGUCGUCUACGUCGAACUUCCCGACGUUGGCACCCUGGUCGAGCAGGGCGACCAGGUAGGCGCUGUCGAGUCGGUCAAGUCAGCCAGCGACAUCAACGCCCCGGUCAAACUGCUCGUAGUCCAGGUCAACGAGAACCUCGAGGAGAAGCCCUCCACCAUCAACAAGGUCCCCGAGGACGACAGCGCCGGCGGCGGCUGGAUCGUCAAGGUCGAGGUUGACGAGAAGGGUGCCAAGCAGUUUGACGACCUGAUGGAUAUCAAGGCCUAUAGGGCCUUUGCUGGCAGCGAAGAGCACUAAAGAGUCAUUGACCAGAUAUGGGUUACGAUCGGAUACAAGAGAAAGGAAUGAAAGACAGUUCAACCUGCAAGCAUAGACAUACGUCAGGUGUACCAUAUGGUGAUUCGCAUCCCGGGGGUAUAUUGGGUUUUAUUUUCAUAUGCCGAUUUAUAAAUCGGCUAUGCAUUUGCCAUGUCCUCGUCC